AUGUUUGCCAGGCGUUUUGACCCGGCUACCUGGGGAAAAGAGUCAAGAAAGCCUGGAAUUCCAAUAAAAAAAAGAAAGCUAAGUCAAACUUCUAUUGAAGAGCAUGAGAGUGAAUCUGAGAGGGAUAAAGAUGCGUCUAAUCCAUCGCUGAGUGAUAGCAGUGACAGCGAUAGUGAAUCUGAGGAUGAAGAAAGUCAAUCGGGAAGUGAUGAUGGUGAUGAAGAGGAAACGGAAUCUUCUACAGAUGAAGAUCUGCAUCCAGCUAAGAGAACAACUCAGGAUGAUCCCAUGGAAGUAGAUAAUGGGGCGAAUAAUGAUAACCAUGGUGAAGAAAAGGGUGAUGAUAUCCUAGAUAAGGCAUAUAUCAAAAAACACGCAUCUAUUUUUCAAAAAUUUAAAGCAGUUCAGCACAAGGAUAAGAUAACAGAGUAUACAGAGAGAAGUGACGAAGAGGAGAUACCUCAAAAAAUGGAUUUGGCGCCCUUGCCUCAACCAGAGCUUCCGAGAGAUGAAACACUCCGAUCGACUAAAGCACAUCUUAAGACCCUCGACUGGCUCGCAGAGCCCGUCUAUGCAUUGCCCGAGCUAACGGCCCCAUUUACUGAGUUCAGCUUUUCGCAUACUUUGAUGAAUAAUAUCUCGGCCAUGGGAUUCACGAAGGCAUUUUCUGUACAGAUCUCAGUUUUCAAAAUGCUUUUGGACGAUAUCAAACGAAAUAGACUCUGCCCUGAUUUUAGAGGUGAUAUUUUGGUCAACGCAUCGACAGGUUCUGGUAAGACGUUGGCUUACUGUGCGCCUAUCAUCGAGGCCCUACAGACGAGAAUAGUUGCAAGAGUAAGAGCUGUGAUUUUAGUGCCUACAAAACCGUUGAUUCAACAGGUCACACAGACUCUCAUUGAGCUUGGUAAGGGGACACCACUUAAUAUCGUGAGUUUAUCAAGUGACAUGUCUAUUAAAGAUGAGGGUAUAAAAAUUUCUAAAAACAUUCCAGACAUUAUUGUGUCUACACCUGGUAGACUUGUCGAUCAUCUUCUCAAUGAGUCAGUCACUUUUGAAGCAUUAAGAUUUUUGGUAAUUGAUGAAGCCGAUAGAUUGCUCAAUCAGUCAUUCCAAAAUUGGAGCGAGAUCUUGAUCAAAGCAAUAGAAGAUCAUAAGAAACCUUCCAGGAACGUCGGUAAUUGUUGGGAACUUCAAACUCAGAAAUUGGUUUUCUCCGCUACAUUGACUACAGAUGCUGGUAAGUUGUCACAGCUCAAAUUUGUUAAGCCCCGCUUGAUCGUUGUCAACUCCAAAGAGCAGCUUGUCAAUGAGAUGUUUUCAGUGCCUUCGACUUUAAGCGAGAGCAAGAUUCUAUUUGCUUCGAGUGACUCAGCUUACAAGCCACUUUUGCUUGCUAAACUCAUGAUACAAGCAGAAAAGCUCUCUAAUGUGUUGAUUUUCUCUCGGUCGAAUGACUCCACUCUUAGACUAGCGAAUGUCUUAGAAGCAUUGUUCAAGAGAUUAAUUCCUUCAGUUAAUGUUAAUGUUGCAUACAUGAAUUCGACGAAUAAUCUCUCGUCCGUCAGAAACAGAGUGUUUAGAGAUUUCAGCAGUGGCCAGAUAAAUAUAUUAGUUGCGACGGAUUUAAUUGCUCGAGGACUUGAUCUUUUAUCAAUCACGGAUGUCAUCAAUUACGAUUUGCCCGUCUCCUCGCGUGAGUAUGUGCAUAGGGUGGGUCGUACCGCCAGAGCAAAUCAAAAAGGUGAAGCUCUUACCUUAGUGUUUGGAAAGGGCGAGAACCAAUGGUUCAAUAGCAUCAUGGAGGACGUAGGCAGAAACAACCCAGUGGAGGAACUUUAUCCAAAGGCCAUUGAUCUUUACUUAGAUGAGCAUGAGAAAUCGCAGUUCGAGGAUACGCUUACGAAAUUAUCGAGAUAA